AUGAUGUCUCAGUCUCUCAGGGCUUCGCGCUCCCUCUUCUCCCGCGUCUCUCGGCAACAGGUCCCCUCUGUCGCCCGCCGCACCUUCCUGACCUCCGCUGUCCGUCGGGCCGACCCUGUCCAGGAACUCUACCUCCGUGAGCUCCGUGCCUACAAGCCUGCGCCCAUCAAGCCCGGUGACGCUGAGGCCCACACUCAGAAGUUCAGCGUUCCUGCUGCCCCCAAAUCCCCCGAAGAAGCCAGCCUCGCCAAUGAAUUGAACUCCUACGAGACCCAGGAAGUUGAGGUUGAGGGCCAGGCCGCUACCGGCGAGGCCGCUCCCGUUGAGGAGAGCUGGUUUGAGGAGGAAGAGGAUGAGGCUCCCGCCGCUCACUAAGUUUCUUUAUAUCGUUAGAGAUUCAAGGUCCCAAGACUUGGGACUUAUAGAGACCGGGUCGGGACUUGCAACGUUUUCUUCUGUUGAGUUCUGAAGGAACUGUAAAUUAAAGCUACUUGGAGCACAUGAAAUUUUCCUUGAGUCCUCAUAUAUUGUCCUGAAGAACCAAAGUAGAAAAUAAUCCCGUUUUCAAUGUAGGGCAAUCAGUGUAGAGUGUGGAGCUGAUACUGACAGACUUGAAUAAGAAUAUCAUUUAAACCUCUGGCAUAACUGCACGGGCAAAGUGCUCACUCUAUUUGGACCUGGCAGUGGGAUGUCAGUAAGCAGAUUGAAUGGAACAAUCAUGACUUGAUUGUGCGACAUAUUGUAGUCAUUAUGCCGCCUAUAGUUAGUUAAUUAGGGUCCAUGACGCCAGAAUUUGAAAGAUAAUCCGUCG